AUGCCUCCCAAAUUCCCCGAACUUUUCAAAGUCCGCUACUCGUCGGUCGACGCUGACCCCUCUCUCAAAUUCCCAAUCCACAAUCCAGCGACAGGCGAAGUAAUCACACAUCUCCAGGCUGGGACCCCGGAGGAAGUCGACGCCGCCAUCCAGGCUGCCCAGAAAGCCUACGAGACAGACUGGCGGUGGCGCUCGCCCGCCGAACGAAGUGCUCUCCUCUUCAAAUGCGCCGACGCUUUGGAGCCGCACAAGGACGAACUCGCCGAGUUACUCUGCCUGGAGAAUGGCAAGCCGAAGCAGGACGCCCUGGCCUUCGACAUCAAUUUCCUGGUUAGCAUUUUUCGGUUCUUCGCGAGUAUUUGUGAUAAACUGCCAGGCGAGUUUUACCAGCGGGGAAGUGUGAAUGCAACGGUCAUCUAUGAGCCGUUUGGUGUUUGCGCGGGGAUACUGCCGUUCAACUGGCCACCGAUCCAUUUCGGUGGAAAGACAGCCCCAGCGUUGGCCGCGGGCAAUGUCAUGAUCCUCAAGCCAGGCGAGCAAGCUCCCCUGACGGUGAUCAGAAUGUGUGAGAUCAUCUCAGAGGUGCUCCCGCCGGACGUGGUUCAAGUUGUACCUGGCUUGGGACCGGACGUGCCUUCAGCGCUGAUCAAGCACGAUCUGGUGAAGAUGGUCUCCUUCACGGGCUCAACUGUUGCCGGUGCCAAGGCAGCUGAAACAGCCGCAAAGACGGUAACGCCAGUGGUGCUUGAGCUCGGAGGUAAGAAUGCCUUUGUCGUGUUCGACGACGUGGAGAACCUCGACCGCGCAGUCGGAUAUGCGCUGGAAGGAGCAUUUUUCAACAAAGGCGAGGCAUGCACUGCAGCGUCUAGGAUCCUCGUUCAAAACGGCGUGUACAAGCCAUUCUGCGAAAAGCUCGCCAAUGGUGUGCGGGAGCUCAAAUCCGGAAACGGCUUGGACCCGAGCACCCAUCUUGGUCCUCAAGUGACCAAAACACAGCAGGAGAGAGUGCUGGGAUACCUGCAGAAAGCAAAGGAUCUUGAGAAAGAGGGAAAGGCCAAGAUCGCCGCGCAAGGCCAGUUGCCAGACGACCCGGCGUGCAAAAAUGGCUACUUCGUUCCGCCGACAUUGAUCACAGAUGUGACAAGCGAUCUAGUCAUAGCGCAGGAAGAGAUGUUCGGUGUCCUCGUGACUGUGACGCCCUUUGACGACGAGGAUGAAGCCAUCGACAUUGUCAACGAGUCCAAGUACGGCCUCACCAGUAUCAUCUUCAGCCAGAACAACGAACGGUGCUGGCGCUUCUCCAAGAAGGUGGAUGUUGGGUUGGUAUUUGUCAACAACUACUCUCGCAACAUACUCGGCGUACCGUUUGGAGGCGCCAAAGAGACGGGAUAUGGGAGGGAACACAGCAUUGACACGCUCAAAGAAUGGUGCCGCGCCAAAGUCAUCACCCAGCCAAGCGGGUUCGGGGAGAUGCCACGGUGGAGGGCUGUCAACGAUGUGUAUCAGUGA